AUGUAUGUCGAUUAUAUGGUCGCACUCACGAUCUCGCAAGUAGCACUUGCUGCGAAUCUUACCGACUGCUAUUACUUCGAUCAAGGACCAGUGGCUGUCAAUAAUACCAUCUGCCCAGGCUCGUCAGCAUGCUGCGGUCCGACAGCGAAUCAAACGAAGACGAACCGCCAAAUCCUCGCCAGUAUACUCGACUCUUUUACCCUUGAUUCUGUAAUGUCAUCAGCACCUACUGCUUACUCGAACGUCCUAUAUCCUCAAAACGACGACGCGACACUCGAUAUGGACUACUACUCGACCAUUCAUCCGCCCAUUUGCGCGAAGAUCUGGGGCCCGCAUGGCUAG